UUUUGAUACAGUUUAGUCAGGUUUUGAGGAAUCCGUUUUUAAUCAAAAACCUGAUACAGGAACUGUAUAGCGAAAACGUGGUGUACAUGCACCCUAAGCCGAAGUGUGACUGGUCGACCACAAGAAGGAAGAGGAUCACUGCGGAGGACGGAGCGGCAGGAUGUAAGUCUAUUUUGUUUUUUAUAUGCUGGGCACGUUUCGAGAAAAAAAUCCUAUAUCCCGGAGUUCUCCUUUAAUGCAAACUGAACGAGCAAAAGUUUGUGAAAAUAAAGGAUUGACCACUACAGUAUAUUCAUUGCCAUCUGGUCCAUUGGCAUGAGCCUUGUAUGGAGGUGUACCCAUGCUUCUGUGCUCGGGGAGGGCCAUACAUAACCUUCCCUAGGAGCCGUUUUUUCUCACAGACCACACCCCCCACCUGCCCUGCCUGUCAGACGGCCAACGAGAUCUGCGCUCACCGCACGCCCCGCCCUCGCACGUCACGCACAGGUGAGCUCCCGGAAAAAGAAAACAAGAAAACACAAGGGGCGGUGUCACGUGCUGCGCGCAUCCCACGGACCCGCUGAACGUUCUGCAAGACACGGGCGAAGAGGAGAACGGGCUCCAGCCGCGGGUGACAGACGGGUGGACGCUGCUGGUGGAUUCCACGAGCUCCUCCUAUAGCUUCCUGAAACCAGAGAGCGGCUCCUCCUCCCUCGCACGGCGGCCGCCUCCUUCCACACGUCUCCCCAGCUCUCUCUCAUCUCUGUACAGAAGUGAGCGGCCCCGGACUACAUAACACGUGUACUGCCACCGGGAGAAAAUGGAGCUUUCCCGGACGCUAGGGGACGGAGCGACACCUGUGUGAGAGGAGCCGUGCGUGAACCUACCUGCUGUGCCUUGUGUAAGCGCUCCUACCCGCCGGACGGACAUGGCCUGGGUGAAACUAUUCCGCCGCCAGGCGGGGGGGAACCUGGGAAAGGUCUAUCAACCGGGCAGUAUGCUCUCCUUAGCGCCCACUAAAGGCCUCUUCAAUGAACCCGGCCAGAACAGCUGCUUCCUGAACAGCGCCGUGCAAGUUUUGUGGCAAUUGGACAUCUUUCGGCGCAGUUUACGUGGGCUGACUGGACAUGUGUGUCUAGGAGAAGCAUGCAUAUUUUGUGCUUUAAAGUCCAUAUUUUCCCAAUUUCAAACUAGUCGGGAGAAGGUCCUCCCUUCGGAUGCCAUGAGGCUUGCCCUUGCCGAAAGCUUUAAAGAUGAGCACCGCUUCCAGCUUGGCCUAAUGGAUGAUGCUGCUGAGUGUUUUGAAAAUAUACUACAGCGAAUUCAUUUCCAUAUUGUGCCAAAUAGUGAGGGUGACAUGUGCACGUCAAAAUCUUGCAUUACCCAUCAGAAGUUUGCAAUGACUCUUUAUGAGCAGUGUGUCUGUCGAAGUUGUGGAGCGUCAUCCGAUCCUUUGCCUUUUACAGAGUUUGUACGUUACAUUUCCACUACUGCACUUUGUAAUGAAGUUGAUCGAAUGCUGGAGAGACAUGAGCGCCUGAAGCCAGAGAUGUUUGCAGAGUUAUUACAGGCCGCAAACACUUCAGACGACUAUAGAAAAUGUCCCAGCAAUUGUGGACAGAAGAUCAAGAUUCGACGGGUGCUAAUGAAUUGUCCAGAGAUAGUAACUAUUGGUCUGGUGUGGGAUUCUGAAAACUCUGACUUGACAGAAGAUGUUGUUCGGAAUUUGGCUACACAGCUUUAUUUACCUGGGUUAUUUUUUAGGGUUACUGAUGAACACGCAAAAGAGAGUAGACUUUACCUUGUGGGUAUGAUCUGCUAUACAAGCCGACACUAUUGUGCCUUUGCCUAUCAUACAAAAAGUGCCAGAUGGGUUUUAUUUGAUGAUGCUUCAGUUAAAGAGGUUGGAACUAAAUGGAAGGAUGUAGUCACCAAGUGCAUUCGGUGUCAUUACCAGCCUUUGCUACUAUUUUAUGCAAACCCUGAUGGCACUGCAGUGACUACAGAUGAUGCCCUCAGGCAGGUCAUGCACUGGACACCUUACAAAAGAAUCUUCAACAAUGAGGAUACAGCUAAUGACCGAAUGUCAGCAACAUCAAAAAAAUCUGAAUACAACAGAGAUCGAGAUUUUGGAGAACACAUUUAUCAGAACAGUGGUUACAAGCUUCAGAAUGAAGAUACAGCAUUUAAUUGUGGUGGUGUUCAGUCAAGUGCAGGAAGAGGACCUGUUAAAUUAGGUCGUAACGAAAACCAGGAGAAGUUAAAAGACUUGUCCCGAGAAUGUGCUCAAAGGGCGAAUCACCUAAAAAGUGCAUCAUCUGCUCAAAGAAAGCCAUUGGACAAAACACAGAAGAAGGAACCUCCCAGGCCAAAAGAGCAAUCCUCUGGAGCCGUGAUAUAUCCAUCAAAAUCCUUCUCUGGAACACAACUAAAACCUGCAUCUUCUCCUACUAGGAAUGGUUUCAGACAGUAUCCUGAUCCUCACUUCUUCAGCAGUCAAGGUAGAGGGCCAUAUAAGCAACAGAGACCUGAACAGCAGCCCAGACAAGUUUCUUCCUCCACUACAGGGCAGUCUACAGUUCCUGAAUCCAGGCAUUUAAAUAGAGUCAAAAACAAUGCUUCUUCUGGCUAUGAUACAGACAGCAGUCAGGAAUACAGAGAAAAAACAAAUGGCAAGAACAGAAAGCCCUGGAGACCCAUGCGAGAGACUCUAAAUGUGGACAGCAUCUUUAAUGAGAACGAGAAGAGUCAAUCAAGCCCGCGGCAUAUACCACAAUCUAAUGGUAAACACCAAGUUGCCAAGGAUCAAAAUACUAACCACAGCUCAAAAGAGAGUCCGAAGAAAAAAGUCCUAAUGACCAUCUACGAGGAUGAAGUAAAACAGGAAUCUGGCAGCAGGAGUUCCUUAGAAUCUCUAGGGAAAGGUCAGACUGAUAGAAACAAAAUUAAUUCCGAUUCCAAGAUGUACCAUCUUGACAGCUGGCAAAGAGCAGAGUCUGGGUAUGAGAGCAGCGAUCACAUCAGCAGUGGCUCAAGUAAUCUAGAUUCUCCAAUAAUUGAAGGAACUAGUUUUGCUGACAUGAAGGGACUUCAAGAAAGUCUAUGCAGUGAUCAUCAGCAACCAGGAAAUGGAUUUCUUUCUACCUCUCCGCACAGUAGAAGUCAAUUAAAUGGUUACUUCAAAGAUUAUAAUGGCUUGGAUCGUGCUAGAUAUGAAGAUCGGUUAUCCCCAGUUCCACGUGAGCCCUUGCAUUUGCACAGUCCAUCUGGUAAAAGGAAGCAAAUUGUUGACCGCAGGAAGGACAUUCGCUCACCAACCCUUUCAUUACGUAAAGAAUACAACAUGAAAGAGGUGCAAGUUAACAAACCAGAAGACUCCCGGGAGACUUCUUAUCUGUCACCUUGUUCUCCAGAAAAUUGUUGUUUGCACAUUGAGCAUUCACCUGUGGUGCAGACAAAUGGUCAAGCAAACUCUCCUGGCAGUCCCUCUGCACAGUGCAGUAGGGUGCAGUAUAUCAACGCUCCAUAUUUUUCACCUGAUGAAGAGCAGGCCAGCAUCAGAGAGGACAGCUGCUAUGUGAAUCACCGCGAUUUGACCAAUUUACCUCCUCCUCUUCCCCCUAAAAAGUAUACAAGGAAUGCUAUGUCAAGAACCGAGCAGAGUUUUGCACCAGUGACCCCUGUUGCACAUCUGGACACAUUGUCUCGUUUACAUUCAGUCAUUGCUGAGAGGCAUUCACCUGGUGAUUUUGUCAGACCAGAUUCUGACAUAGACUACUAUCCAAAGAAAGAUGAGUUUCACGGUAGUGACCUACAAAUAAGCAUGCCAAAUGUGUCUGGAUCAUCAAUGUAUGACUGCCGGCCAAAGAUGGUUCAUCAGACUAUGGAUCCCAUUUCCCAUGUAAAUGAUACAGUCUCCCUCACUACAUAUUUCUCUGUGGACAACUGUAUGACUGACACAUAUAGGCUAAAAUACCAUCAAAAGCCCAAGGUCUAUAUGACUGAAAGUACAGCAUUCCUCAGGGAUCCUGGACACUUACAAGUAUCUGAGACAGUUACUGAACCUUCUUACCAUAGACACAUAGAUAAUGCUCAUCAUUCACUUUCAAGAUCAAAAGCUUUUGGGACUGUACCUUGUAAUAGGUAGACUGAAUGAUCACCGUGUUAUAUGUAAGAAUAUGUAGAAAGGUUUCAUUUCUGGCAGAACAGUCAGACAUUGCCUAGGGUCAGUUUAGCUGCAUGACAUACACGUUACCAGACAAACUUGCACACUUGGAAUUGGUGAACAGUGAAUGUGGCAACUCCCAUCCUUAACCACAGAUUGCACAACACAUUGAAGAAAUAGAACAUUGCUCAUUUUGCACCAUGUUUAUCUAUAGUCAUGUCUAUAUGACCUCAGAUCUAUGGCCUACUUCUAGGCCAAGUUAGUCAUUAUUGGCUCAUAAUGAAUUUAGCAUUUCACUCCAGUUAGUUGUAAUUUACAUAUAAUGCAGCUAUUCAAUAUAGCUUAAAGCACAUCGGCAGCUUAUUGUUUUAAAGGAAACUGUAUAUUUUUUUUUCUACAUCAGGAAAGAAAACCCAUAGUAAAUUAUGGAUGUGCUGAGAUCCAGAUUUUUCACAUUUAGUUCUCCUGUUUUUUUUUUUGUUUGUUUUUUUUAGCUUAGAAACAUGCGUCAGGCAAAUGAUUGAUUAUUAGAAUAAUUUCCCAUAAAUAUUACGUCCAAGAAGUGAUUGUGCCCAUAGGCAUUGCUGCCGCACCUACUUUUAAAGCAUGAAAUGUUGCAGACCUUGCACAUAUGGUUUUAAUAUGUAUUUUAUAUGAUAUGGUCAUUUUUUUUCAUGCACUAUAUUUUUUUGUUACCACAAUCUAGAUUUUACACAUUUGUAAAACCCCUGAAUCUGCAAAAAAAAAAAAAAAAACUAGCAUAAUUCUCAUUGUCCUAUCUUUGUGCCACCUUUAAUUGAUGGUUCCUCUUCACACUAUUUUAUAGACAAAUUUAUUUUUUCAGAUAAGGCUGCCAGUAGACUAUUAGUCUAUUAUUAUUAGUCUAAUUAAGUGAAACCUCAUCUUUUAGUUUGCAAACUAAUGAUGAACUGCCAUUAAACUUUUUUUCUCCUGCUAUUCUCCCCAACGGCUGUCACACUACCGUGUGAAAAGGGCCUAAAAUGGUUGGAAACUCAUUGAUUGAAAACCAUGGGGCAGUUCAGGAUUAAAACAGAAAAAUGAAUAGGGCUAGUUGCACUCAUCCACCUUGCAAAAGGUAUUUUGUAAUCCUAUUCUGUAAUACAAUAGCAUGGCUGGCCACAUAUUCUGGUACGUGUUAAGUUAAGCAGACCUACAGCCCAUUAAAUGCAUAAGGGUCAACUGCCAAGAAAGUAAGAGAUAAAAAUAUUCCAAUGGCACGUUGUUUCCAUGUAGUAAAAUAUUUUCUACAGUGUACAGAAAAUUAAAACACAGCGUGGGGAAAAAAUGCUGAUUAUAUCCUAUAGGUACUUUAAGCUCCAUAGUCAUUGAGUUGGGUAGGCCAGGCUUUUUAGCAUAAGGGAUAGGGUUUAACAGCCGUAAGGAUGUGUUCAGAUGUGGCAGAUUUGUCUGAUUUUUCAUUUAAUGCAGGCAGGUUUUGCAAAGGAUUUAGAAAGGUAGAGGAUUCCUGUCCUCUCUACAUUGGUUUAGGAGAUAUCUGAGAUUGUCCCAUUCAUCUUAAUAUGGCAUUUAAAAAUUCAUGUUAAGAUGUCCCAUUCAAGCACAUACUGAACUUGCGUGUGAAUGUACCCUACUAUUGAUGAUAAAAUGCACUUGUAUUACAGCCAUUGGUAAGUGGUCGUCGGAGUGCUUCUAGCGCACUCCUUCAGGCAUUUGCCCCUUGUAAAGGGGAUGAUCUUAUAAAUGGAUAUCCCUGAGGAACCUUGUCAGUUUAAGAGUCUAUUCACACGUACAGAAUUCUGCGCAGAUUGGAUGAGCAGGAUUUUUUGCUGCAGAUUUAAAUGUAAAUUGAAUGAAUUAAAAUCCUGCGCAUCAAACCUGUGCAGAAUACUGUGUGUGUGUGAAUAGACCCUAAAGGGCUUUUCUGAUAAAAAAAAAAAAAAAAACAUUUUAAACUGUAGAAUAACUUUCUUUACAGAUUUAUACUAAUUUGUUACUGUCUUUAUGGUCUUUCCUGUUUUAGUCUACUCUUGAUGCAAACUGUGCUCUGUUGUAUCUCAAUUUCUUUACUAUCUUGUAAUAGUGUUGGCUGAUUUCCCUACUAGAGUGACACGGACAGAAAGUCUUCCAGGAUGUGCACCAGACAGGAAGUUAAGCUAAAGACGACAAAGCAGACAUUUUGCAUUAAAAGCAGAAGAAACACAUGAAAACCCACAGAAAUAUAGUAAAAGAACAUCUUAUAUUGGUAAAUAGUCAUUUAUUAGACAGAUGAAAACAUGUUGGAAACCUCCUUCACAUCCUUGAGGAUUUACAAUUAGCUAGUUAACACUACCAUAGCACAAUAUAGCUUUAUAACACAAUUAUGUGCAUUAUUUGUUUUAUUUUUUUAAAUCUUUUACAGUAGUUUAAAAAAAAAAAAAACUAUUUUCUGAGAUGGCUGGAUGCACAUUUGAAACAUCCACUCCUAAGAUCUUCUAGAUUUGAUACACAAGUCGGCACACAUUAGUUUGUCAACCAUGUCAGGAAGAGAAGAAGCCUUGAGUACGCCGACUGCUUUGUAAGCAUUGCCUGUGUAAAUGUAGUUAUGUCUACACAGUUAAAGCCUUUCUUCAGAUACACUCCAGUGGAAGCGGUUUUAUUGAACCUGAGCUGAGGUGACGCUCUCUAUUUUAUUGGUUUUAUAAUUUCAAUGAAAUGUGUCUUGAGUACAAGUGACAACUUCUUAUUUGUAGAAUAUGACCUCUUAUCUUUGUAUGGCUUUGCUUCCGUGCCUAUUUAUACAUAUAUUUUGUGUCCUGACAUGAAACUAUAGAUUUGUACUACAGGAAAUUCUAUUUUGAAAUGGCUUGUUAUAUUAGAAAUAUGUCGUAACAUUUCCUUGUUUGUGUUGGGUUUGAAAAUUUAACUGACUUUUUAUUUUUGUUUACUUUGCAAUGUGUGUUUGAAUUUUGUUACAUAUUUUUGUAAAUUUUUGUACAUUGAGCGCUAGACAAGUAGUGUUUAUAAUCAAAAGAAUGUUAAUGUGCAAUAUUUAGUGGAAAUGCUUUUUUUAGUGAUUUUACUAACCAUAUGAGCCUGAAAGAUUUUUAUAUGGAGUACGCUGAAUUAUCAGAUCUAAAUUUAUCAACAUAUUGGAAUUAUGACAUGUUCCAAAUAGUUUAGUGUAUGGCCCUGAGAGGAUGUGAACUAUUUUUGCACCAUUUUGCUCUAUUUUCUAGGUAAUAGGUUACAAAUCUUACAGGGAUAGGUCCACAUUUUAUAAUAUGUUAAUGCAGAGUGUAUUCUUGUGAAAGUAAAGGAUCUCUUUAUAGUGUAAUGUUGGUGAAGCAUUAUCAGGGAUAUAGGGUCAAAAAAGCACAGUAAUUCUUGAUCUCAGUGUCACACAGAGACAAGCACAAUACCUGAAUAAAAUAUGGUACAAAUAUCUCAUUUGCCUUUAUGUAUAAAGUUGGGGCAGUGAUCUGAACCUGACAGACUAUACUACUGUAUAAUUAGGACUUGACAGCUUUAAAUAAAAAUUGGAAUGACUUUUUUUUUUUAUAUAUAUUUAAAAACAAACUU